AUGAACACCAAGGCGUUUCAGCAGAUCGCCUCUGCUUUGAUCUUCCGCUUUGUGGCGAACUUGGCCAACGAAGUGCUCCCGUCUCUUUUGUUGGACCUGGUAGGGAGCGAGGACCACGGCUUUCUUGUGGACUUGAUGGUGAAGCUCCAUGUGUACGAGGAUGGAGAUCCUCUGGAUCCGAAAAUUGAUCUCGACGUGACGACCCAGGAGCUCGCCCUCGAGACAACGCGUCAAGGCUUGACGGAUUUCGUGAAUGGAGCCUUUGACGGAAUGAGAGAGUUGGGCUUUGCGGACGACUUUGAGGACACUCGUAGGGGCCUUUUGGAGUUAGCCGUGGAAGAGAACUUGAACAUGGACAUCAACGCAUCAAGCUUCGCAACGAGAGCACUGUAUGGCCAAGAUGAUCCAGAUGGUUGGGGUCCCGGCUUGGCCAUCAAAGUGAAGAUGGACAUGAAUGCAGAAGUGGAUGCAUGGGAUCAGGAGGAGCGUGCAGCUGCAGGUGUGGACAAGGAGGAUGAUGAAGAAUUGGACAACUUCCCUCAGAUGCCGUUCAAACCCUGGGGAGGUGAAUGCCUGACUGGCAAGAGCUGGAUAGGGGCAACCAAGACUUGCCGAAGCUUCACCAUGAGCCAACGAAAUCUCCAAAAUGAAAUGGAUGUGAACGACAUGUCUUUCGAGCAGUCUAUGCAGCUCUUUGGGUCCUGGGUUCACAUGGCUUUGAAGAGAGCCUUUCCGGCUUUCUUCCGCGUGCCCUUGGCGGGUAAGAUCCUUUCUACGGACGCCAUGUGGAAAGAUUCCUGCAGAUAUGCCAUGAUGGCCUUGCCUUCUGGGGAGUGGUGGAGUCCAAUCCUUGUAGCUUUUGAGAUCUUGCAGAUCCACACCAAAGGCGUGGCUGAGCUUCACCGUAUCUGGAAUGGCCUUAGUUUCAGAGCAGCGGUUCGCCAGACACACUACGAGCAUCCGGACGCGGGGCAGAUGAUUGCUAUGAGCGAGGCUGAUGGUGAGGAGGGUCUUCAGAUCAGAUUCGCUGGCAAGUGGAACGAACUGCUCGAGCUCGUUCCACCUGGAAUUCUGUACAUGUAG